CAACAACCCCAGAUGGAGAGUCGAGCACUGAGCCGCCGCUCCGCGGUCCAGCAGGAGUGCAAGCGCUGCCACCAGAAGAUGGGCCACCUCGAUCGGGCUGCGUUCUCUGCACACGUUGAAACAUGCACAGGCAAGCAGCCAAAGCCAACGCGUCUGCCAGCUGCAGCUCGCGCGGAACCGGCAACGCCGACAAAGCCAGCCGCCGAGGACGAUGCACCACCAUCCGACGCGACGCGCGAGGUGUUUGGCAGCCCAGCAAAGGCGGUUCAGAACACGUACGGCUCUGCCAAAGGGCGGACACCCGUGUCCAGCGCAGCUCUUGCCUUUGAUGCGCUCGUGCAAAGUCCUGGCGCUGGUGGUUCCUCCGCCAAGCCACUGGAACAUGUUGCUGCGGCAGUCUCUGUCGUGGAUGCUGCAGGCGCAGCCGAAAACGAAGAUGCGGAAGACGAGAGCGAUCGUUUGCAAAUCAUCCUCGGAAACCUCGGCGCAAAGAUUACCCCGCGUGUCAUCGUCGGCCAAACGACCCAUCUCGUUUUCCGCUCUGGGCAAAAGGGCUGGCUGAGGCAAGCUACAGAAAACGCAAUUCCCGUCGUCACACCAGAGUGGGUGUAUGCUUGCGAGUCGGGUAACUUGGUCGCCGACACGGACCAGUACCGUGCACCUGACGCCGCCCACCUCGCUGGAACCAAAACGGCAGUUUCCAAUGCGACAAUGCCACCGACGAGCAACGCUGCCUCCGCUCCUGGUCAACCGAGCGACGAAUCAACCCCACCGAGCGACGAAUCAACCCCACCGAGCGCUCCCUCCAGCUCCAAGACCGCAGCAGCAGCGCUUACUUCGCUUCGAGUUGUCACAGUCCUGGAUGCUCUCGACGAUGCCCCGCAGAGCAUUGCACAAGUGCGUGGUCAAGAGGAGCAAGUGGAGAAAGUCGGCGACCAGGAGAACAACGAUCCCGCAGAGUCGAGCAAGCUUGCCACCCCUCCAAAGCGUGGUCGAGGCCGUGGCAAGGCAGCUCCUACAAACGCUGUUGCAGAGCAACCAUCACCGGUACCCAUCAAUAGCACAAGCGACGGCGCAAACGAGGAGGUCGCACCCCAGCCCGCCUUUGGUGACGAUACUCCGAGCAAAAGCCCCCGCGGUCGAAAGCCCAAGGGUUCUGUGACCUUUGCUGAUGCUCCUGUCGUUGCGGACAAGACGAGUGUCCCGUCUACCGCUUCUCCAAUGCAAGUGGAUGACGUGCAGCAGACGCCAACAACAGGUGUCAAACCCCCGAUCAAAGUGGUCGAGUCCCCAGCAGCUGCGGAGGCCUCUACAUCUGGCUCGUCCCCUCGUACCGCUCAGCGGGCGCGAAAGCAGACGCAGAUGCAAACAACCCCCGACAGCGGAGACUCAAAGAAAGCGGUAGCGGCACGCGCCCGAGCCGCCUCCGCUGCUGAAUCUCAAGCUGACGAAGUCCCCGCUGAGCCAGCAAGCUCAAUCUCUCCAGUUGGCGUGUCUGCGCGUGGCACGCCUCGGCGAAAGGCUGCCUCCAAGAGCUCUAUUGUCGAAUCGGACGAGGUUGAACAUGUCUCUCCGAGCAAACGAACUCAGCCCCAGCUUUCUCCUGCCAAUGUUCGCCGACCUCGUCUGGAGCACAGCAUUGCUCUGACCAGCCUGGAUCAAGAAAUCCGCGACACAAUCGAGGCUGGCAUCGCUCACCUCGGAGUGUACGAGCUGACUGAUGAUGUGCGCUUUGACACAACGCACGUUGUGGUGGGUGAAGCCCGACGAACACUCGCCGUGUACAAGGGUCUGGUGGCUGGGUGCUGGAUUGUGAGCCCUGACUGGGUUUUGCAGUCCAUUGAGGCCGGCUCGUGGAUUUCCGAAGAGCCCUUCGAGAUGGAGCGCGCCUUUGAGUUUGCGCCAGUCUACCGCCUCGAACAGUCCACAACUCACGACGAGGAAGGUGAACCCGAACCGCGAUUGUUUCAAGGGCUGCGAGCGUUCAUCUCCAUCGAGUGCAACCCUCCCCGCAAGGAGCUGGCCGCCAUUGUUUCUCUUGGAGGCGGCGAGGUGGUGGACAAACUCGAAGAUGCUUCUGCUUGCAUCGGACCGACCUCUGCUCGUAUUCCCUCGAAAUGCGUCCAUCUCAAAGAGGCUUGGUUGUUGGACUCUGUUCUCAACCACAAGAUUCUUCCGCAGUCGCCGGCGGAGUUUCGAGAAAAGGUCGCGACCGAAAUGUUCCUGUAGAUACAUGACUGCUGAAACUUCUGUUUUUAAAAGAAAAAAUGCUCGUGCUUUUUUAAGAUGCCUGAAACAAAUGACAACCGAUAUUCCAAAUCAAACUACAAUAUUUGCCGACGA